AGGCCUCUAGCGGCCUCUGGUGGAGGUGGUCUCUAGCGGCCUCUGGUGGAGGACGCCCCUAGCGGCCUCUGGUGGAGGUGGUCUCUAGCGGCCUCUGGUGGAGGAGGCCUCGAGGCGGAGUGGAGCGGCGUGCUCGCCCGCACUGUACACGGGGUAGCCCCGCACUGUACACGGGGCCUGAGGCGGCAGUGAAGGUGAAGUCGAGGAUCUCUUCGCACCGAAAUUCCCGCGUAGCUCCGUCGCCCGGGCCACCACCUCGUCGCUCACCACCCCUCCUCCUCACCACCACCUCCUCACCACCUCCUCACCUCUGCCGCCUGCUCUACGAUGCACUCUGACCUGUCACCUCACCUUCACACGGACGCCUGCAACGCCGUCAUCGCUCAGCUGCACUCCUGUCAUCAGCAGUACCCGUGGCUCAAGUUCACCGGCCGGUGCAACGCCAUCGACCACGAGAUGCGCGUCUGUCUCAAGGGGGAGUACGAAGCGAAUCGCAAGAAGAAUCGUCAGCACGCCCAGGAGCGGAAGCGCAGGCUGGCGUCCAGCCCGUGAUGGCGACCAUCGCGUCCGGGCUGCCUGCAUAGAAGCCUCGGUCCCUCUGUCUCUCUCUCAUCUCUCUCUCUCAUCUCUCUACUGUCUCUCUCUCAU